AUGAAUUCAUUUUUAUCAACAUCAAAAUUUAAGGACGUCGCAUUAAUUUUUGCUAAAUGUGUACCUAUUUCCGAACAAUUACAAGCUGUUCUAUUCGAUAUUUAUAUUGAAAAUACAAAACGAUAUGAUACAAAACCAUUUGCUGAUGUAACAAAUGUAAGUUAUUUUAAAGAUGAAGAUGAAAUUUUAUUUGAUUUAGGUACCGUAUUUCGAAUAAUCGAUAUAGAAUAUGAUCUUCAUGAAAAAAUUUGGAAUAUAAAAUUAAAAUUAAUUGGUAAAAAUGAUAAUAAAUUACGAAAUGUUUAUGUUUCAAUAAAACGUCUUUUUCCUAAAGCAACAACAUUUAUAUCAUUGGGUGUUAUAUUACGCGAUAUGGGUGAAUAUGAUAAAGCUGAAAAAUAUAAUUUAGAAUAUUUGAAUACAUUAAAUGAUGAUAGUGAACAUAUUUCACCUAUUUAG